UAUGAACUUGAAUUAUAAAUAUAUAUGUAUUAUAUGUAUAUGCAUAAAGAAGUAAAAAAUAAGCUAAAGUGAUUGUGAAACCGUAAAUUGGCAAAAGUUGUGAAGAUUCAGCUCACAUUAUAUACAAACAUACAUAUAUGUAUACAUAGGUGUAUAUUGAAAUAAUUAUUUCUUCAUACCGUACGUGAGUGGUGUUAUUUUAAAGAGACUUUUAUACGAAAAAUACAUACAAAUAUACUAUAUGUACGAGUAUAUAAUAAAACGUAGUUGAAGAUACACGAAAGACAAAGACGUACACGGUAAAGUUCGCAGUUACAUGCGAGCAUAAUUAAUUUGUUGGUAACACAUUACCGAGGCCAAUCGCACGGGAUAUUCGGUUCAACAUUUGGUAACGAAAAACGAAAAUUCUUGUCUUGGUCCCCUAUCAGACGAAACAUUGUGCUGUAGGAAGUCGCACGUCUUAACAAACGAAAUUGUGUUUUAAAAGCCGGUCGCAACCGCUUAUACAGCCGCAGGCUACUUACAUACAUAUAUACUACAAGACAUACCUCAACACAUCCACAUAUACAAGUACAUACGUCUACGUUGUAUUUAAAAAAUACCACAGUCUUUAGCCACCUCCACUGCAUGAGAUGGAUGAACAAAGAGAACAGCCCACACAACAACAACAACAACAUCACCAACAACUAGAGACCCAACAAGAACAACAUAAUGCCACUACAACAUUCGUCAAUCAAUCCGCAGUAGCUGCGGUACAGCAACAACAACCUCAGGCACACGAAGAAGAUGCCUGGUGGUGGGAGGUGGAGAAUGGUGAUUUGAUUUUAGACCUCGUGCCAAAUGUUGACGCAGCGAAUAGUGAAAGUGAAAAUAUCAGCAGCAACAAUGACAACAACUACAGCGCCAACAAUGAAUUAACUUCGCCUCUCGCCUCAUUGCCAAAGGCAGACGACGAAAAUGCUGAUGUGUCUUUGUUGGCGAACAAUACAAAUAGUAACGGUGAAUGCAAGCCAGCUAAUGCGAUUGCUGCCGAAAGCAACGAUGUGAUUGCACACCGUAGCGAGCUGUUGGGCGAAAAAACGCCACAGGCAAGCGAUGUAGAGGUGGAAAAUAACGACGCAAGUUGCCGCUUACUCGAAUCACGUGAUGUUGCACCCGCACCAUCUAAUGCAGUUGUACGCGAACAAACGCUCGAAGAAUUUAAAGAGGAAUUGCGCAUUAAGAGACUGGCUCGCCAGACGGCUGUACAAGACUUACGCGAUGAGAUUUCUACGUUGCGUAGACAAUUGGCUGAAGAGCAGGAGCUAACGCGUCGUUUGCGUCGAAAUGAUUGUGUUGAGCUGUCCAGCGCGGAUACGGUCGACGCAACGACUGUGGCGUUGGAUGAAGAGGGUGCUAUAGGCGGUGGCACCACUGCUGCUGGACCCGACUCUGAUGAUGAGGAUCCGCAAAGUCGUGGACGUCAUGCUAAUAUUGAAUUAGCUAAUGCACAACUAGCGCUCCAAAUGGCUAAUGCGGAGAAUUUAUCACUGCGUACUGAAUUGGGUGUUGUACAAAAACAAGUUGGCACACUAAAGGAGGUCAUAGCUUGUUGCAAGCAGAUGCUUAACGUAAAGGAGGAGCAAUGUGUGCAGCUUAAAAGUAAAUUAGAUGAAAUUGAAACGGCAUUUGGUGAACGUGAAUUGAAAAUUAUGUCGAGCAAUUUGAGACAAGAAUACGAACGUCAAUUGGGCAAUAUACGGCAGCUGCGUCAAUUGUAUGAGGAACGACAGCGUAUUGCAUUGGCAGAACAAGAGAAUCUGCAGAGAUUAAUUUCAAUCAAAAGGGACGAAUUGACAGCCGAACAACAAAAAACGAAAAACUUCGAAGAACAUAAUCAAACAUUGAUGAAGGAAAUUGAAAGCGCAAAUAACGAAUUGGCAGCAUUGCGCGAGGAAUGCAACGAACACAAAUUCGAGAAGAAAGCACUCAAAGAGGAAAUGGGCACUGUAAAUAUGCUCUUCAGUCAGAUGGUGAUGGGAUUCAAUGGCGAAAAUAACUUGGAUAUUGAUCGACUUACUAUGAUGUUGGAGGAGAAUCGUGGCCUGCUGAACGACAUGGCAAUCAAAGAAGGAAAUUGCACUGAUGGCGCAACACUGCCGAAAUUAUUGUUCGAAUUAGUUGAGCAGGCAGCUUUGAGUGGUAAGUCUAUUGAGGGCAACACAAGCCCCACACCUGGAACUGCCAACACUAGCGCUGAUGAGGAGGCAUACGAAACGGAGAGAGAUGUGCCCGAUAAUGCACACAAAAAGGAAAGCAUAGAGCACGAAGAAGAAGAAGAAGAAGAAAAACAACCAAUUGAUGCUACAGCUCAACUGCCCACUGCUGACAAAGGUAUAGACCACAACAAUAGCGAGUGUAAAACUGACGAAGCAAUUGCUCCUGCUGCUGCUACAGCUACUGCAACUGUUGCAUUGUCAACAGGCGCACACUGCGGUCGAAAACAUCAUCGCCGUAGUACCGGCAUGAACCGGAUGAAAUUACCAGCCGCAGCCAGCAGCAGUGCUGCAACGGAAUCUUCAACAUUGAAAAUCCAUGAACCAGAAGUUAUGAGUAAAGUUGCAACGACACAAGAAAUUAUUGGCAACUUGCCGAAAGUUUGGAAAGUGCUAAUGGAGCUCUUAAGUCACCACAAAAUCGAGCGGGUGCAAUUUCAGGAGCAUGGCGCUAGCGAGGAUUGCUACAAAUCCGUUGAGACGGCCAAUGGACCAAAGGCGGAACUGAGCGUUAGCAAGACAUAUAUUAAGUUAAAGGAUUUAAUAUUGGAGAAAAAGUCGCUGGUUAAAGAAACUAAUCGCCUGAAAACCUUAAACUGCCAUCUUGAAUAUCGACUGAACGAGCAGGAGAAGCGGCUGAGUGCCGUUAGUUUGGAACUGACAAAAACUUGGCAUUUAGUUGGCAAAAUGCAGCGUCAACAUCGUCAACUGCACACACAAGAGCAAAUAUUACGGUAUCAAUUGCAACAGAAGCGUCGCCUACUUACCGAACUGAAAGACGAGCUGGAAUAUUGUCGGCGUAAAUGGGCGGCAGCACGUGCCAAAAACGACGAGAGUCAAGAGCAGUGGAAUGAUUUACGACGCGAAUUUGCAUUGCGAAAAUUGGAACAUGCCAACAAUUCAGCUGAGAGUGGCUAUAGUGAUUCAGGUCAGGCCUCCGACGAUGAAAUGGCUGCGGCAGCGACUGGGGGUACUACGGCUUAUGACACAGAGGUCGCCGCCACGUCUAAAGGUGUGGGUGGUAGUGUUGCAAGUGGAGCUGGUGGUGCGGCUACUGCUUGUAGGCGUAAACGUUUAAAGGAAAUGUUUGAACAUACGCGCAAGAUAAAGCGCAUGCAAAGCACUUCACCUGGACGUGCGGCUGAUGAUUGUGCAGAGAUAGUGUUACGCUGGAAUAGUGCACCGCCAACUUGUGGUUGGCGAGAUGGCAGUGAAGUUAGUAAUAAUGUGGUCGACGUUUAUGGCGAUGAAGACACUAACGCCAGUGGUGGUCCGAUUGGUGCUGCACUUGAUAUGACUACAGUGGGCAUAUACAGCCGUGGUGCUAUACCGAAGAAUAUCGUUACAAGAACCAGACAUCGUAGCAGAAGAGAAGGUGUGGAUGGAGACGACGUAACGGAUGCCACUGAGGAGGUGAAUUUGAAAGGUGAACGUGCUGAACGUAUACAAAGACUUGAAGAACAAUGCAAAACAUUGAUUCAGCGUGUACUCGAGACAUCUGAUAAUCGCGAGCGCUUGGAAGUGCAGUUGCGUAGUUUUCAAGAUGAGAUUGCGCCUGUGCAGUAUGUGGUACCAUUGAAUGAAGUCCUUAAAAAGAAGCCCAUUGAGCGAAUGAAACGCGCCAGCUCUGUGCCUGUAACAGGCACAUUGACCCCACGAGAGGAGGAAUAUACACGCAAGCGAUCAGAGCGUUUGGGGCGAUUGGAAGAAGAAAGCCGUCAAUUGUUGUCGCGCAUCAAACGCACAGCCGAUCGCGGGCAUUAUCUGCGUUGUUCUUUGGAUCGUUUGCGACGUGGACCGAGUAGAGAGGGAAGCUUUGAAAGUAAUACAGAAGAAGAGUCUAGCAAGUCUGAGGAAAAGCAACUGAAACGCGUAGCAACCGUACAGGAAGCCGAACAGGGCGGCGAGUCAAUAGCUCUUGCGCCAAACACAAACGAAGCGGAACUACCUGCAGAACCUGUUAACCCGAAUCCCUUAACGGCGAAUGAAGAAGCAUACACAGCACGACGCUCAGCGCGUCUACAGCGCUUAGAGAACGAGAGUAAAGAGUUAUUAAAUAGACUAACGCGCAACAAUGAACGAGGCACGCAGUUGGGUAGUGCAUUGGAUGCGUUGCACGAACAACACGGCGUUGUGGAAAUGGGGGAACUCGAGGCGACUGCUUCCGAAACUGCAACCUCUGCAAAUAUAUCACAAUCACCAGCCACAUCACCUGUGAGUAUUGAACAACGUUUAGAGAAUAUCGAACAAAUAUCUUCCAAUCGUAUGGAACGCCUACGAAUACUCGAGGAAGAGGGUAAGGAGUUACUCAACCGCUUAACGGAUUCAUCGGCACGUGGCACAGAUAUGAUCAAGCGCAUUGCUGCGCGUGAGCAGAAUCGUCAAGCAAGCAGCAUUAAAUUAACAACAACAACAACAACCACAACAGACAAAGCGUCUAGUGAGGAUGAUGUUGAAUGUGCGACUGGCAUGGAGGCAGCUGCAGCCGUAGCAUCACUAUUACCAACACCCAAUAAUAUCGCUUGUUCUAGUAUUGUGCCGGAGGAGCUGGAAGAUCAUGUAACGGUAACCACAACACCUAGUCAAAUCGCCGCACAAAAAGGUGCCAUUCCUAAGCAACCGCGGGGCAGUUCUACCGGGUUAGUGUUGAAUGCCGCGAUUCGGGCUGAAGCUGCCAACAACAAAGACGUGAAACAAAAUCAACAGACGGACGGUGAGAGUUUGGAGGAUAUGGUACGACGACUGCGCGAAACACCAUUCCCGGAGGAAAAUAAUGAUUUGGUGCAUGCAAACGGUGAAGAAGUGACCGAAACUGCAGCCAACGAAGUCACAUGCAAAGAGGAAGUUCCUGUUAAAGAUGUAGCAGACGAAAAUAAGGCCAAUAUUAGUGAAUAAAUUCUAUAAACUUUAUACGUACAUACAUAGGCAUAAUUAUUUUGAUUUUAAUAAAAACUUCUACUUUAAACUUCUUGCAUAAAAAGUACUCCCCCUUCGUGUUCAGUGAAUCUACGUAUAUUUAUCUAAUUAUGCUUAAAUAUUUUAAACUAUAUUAACAACAACAAUUUAAA